UAGGACCCGACGAAUUCAUUACCAACAUAUUGUCAACAAAGGCAACACGUAAUGAUAGAGACGGCGAGAAGUAAUAGUGUUUUAUUGAGUGUGCGAAUAUGUCUCAACAGCGCGGCGUUUGUUCAUCUCGCGGUCGUUGCAUUGGUGCUUUUAAAUGUGGAUAUGUCAAACGAUAUUGAUCCCAAUGUGAGAGUCUAUACCAUUGUGCGGUGGUUAUUGCUGACUAUUUGGUUUAACUUUGUGUUCCUAACUUAUUUCCCUAUUUGCAUUUAUUGCGACUGGAUGGAGAGAAAUGGGAGGUGGGCAGACAAGAGAGUGCGUGUUUUGAGGAAAAUUAGAGAUGUCGUUAUGACAAGUAUCCUUCUACCCACAACAUUGUACUGUGAUAUUAUGUUCUGGAUAACGUGGAAUAAUGACCCGGCAAUAAUAGCGCCUGUGAGAAUUUUUGCCUACCUGCCAUAUUGGAUACACCAUUCUCUUCAUACUGUUUCAGGCGUUUUGGUGGUUUUAGAUUUAAUUAUGGUGCCUCGAAAACGUCCUUCUAGUAUUUUGCCUGGCGCAAUAAUUACGACGAUUUUUACCUCAGUUUAUACUGCUACGGUCGCAGUGAGUUACGCAAAUGGUAUAGUAAUUUAUGCAAUAUUAAACAUGUUCAGUAGGUACCAAAUUUGGUUACUCAUACUAAUGUCAUAUCUGGAACUUUGUUUCUUCUAUACACUACAGUGGUGUUUAGUUGACAUUGUGUGGGGGAAGAGAAUGAAGAUGAAAAAUGAGGCAAAGAAGUUUUGUUAACUGUUUUCUAGAUUAUAUCGUUUAUGAGAUUGUAUUUUAAAUUUUAAUAUUAGGAAUUGUAUAUAUUGUAAUGCAUGAUGCAUUAGUAAAACAAACAAAUUAAUUUACGUUAUAAAUAUGAAUUAUAUUUUUAUUUAUACUUAAAAUAAUUCGUAUGUAUUUCAAUAAUCAAUAUAUAUUAUAGUAUUAUGUUUUGUAAUGUAAUGUACAAAUAUGAUAUAUACGAAUACUUGGUGAAAUUUUUAGUACUACACUGGCAUCUGAAUCUUCAUCUGACCUCGGAGACGACUGGACCAAUUCGAGUAUUUUUUAAUUAAAAAAAUUAAAGAAAUAGUGAUUGAACUCUGAGGAAGGGUUUUAUGCAGAGUUUUCAUAGGUUAGGAGUAGGUUUUCAUUCUGAAGACUCAAAUCUUUAGUAAAGUGAGUAAAAUUUUAGUGAAGUUCCGUGUGUUAGCUACAUAAAUCUACAAGGUAGGCUUUUUAAAAAGAAAUCAUUUUAAACGUCAAAACUACGGUCGUGGGGGCAGCUGGUUUUAAAAUUCUGGGAAAUUAUGGUAACAUUGAAAUAACAUACAUUUAUGGGUAAGAGAUUUUUACACAUUGGCAUUUAAAAUAUCGUAUUGUAAAUCGAUUUGUCAUCUAGUUUUAAGAUACGUUUGGUAUAUGGGAUAGAUUCUGUAAGUGAUGGUGUGUAAUUUGUUAAUAAUAAAAAGAGGUAAACAAUUAUAUUUUUAUUGUAAAAUACAGUUUUCGAGAGAAACUCGGACUAUUGCUAAAGCAUAACUUAUAGAUUAAAGCUAAGUUGCUAAUUUAAAAGAAUUUAUUAUCUAAAUAUUAUAAACAAAAUGUUUGUGUACAAAAAUCCUACUAUACUGUAGGUACAUCACCAUAAUAUAACAACAUUAAAUCGACAUCAACAACUAUAUUCUCUAUGAAGGGAUACAUUAUUAUUAUAUAAAACAUACAUACAUCACAUAUAACUAUUUGUUUGCUACGAAAGGCAGUUUUGAUUUUUUUUUAUAGCGUAAUUCAUCCAUAUUAUAUACCAUCUAUUGUUCUGAUUAUCUAUAAUAUGAUUAUAUAACUAUAUUAAAUCUAGUUUAGUGAAAAAUACAAUUAAAAUUAAAUACAUCUUUGUUUUUUUAUGAAUUUUACUUCACCAAAUCGAUUUUUAAACUCCCGAACGCAUUAUCACAGUCGCAUUACCAACAAACUUAUGAUUAAAUUAAAUGGCAAUAUUUUAGCACUUUGGACCCCAAACCUUUCGUCUCACGAAAGA